GAAGCGGCGGCGGCGGUGGCGGCAGGGACCCGGGGCCCGGAGCAGAGGCGCUCUUCUGGGAGCUUCCCCGCGGUCGCAAGGCGGGGGCGCCGUCGUUCACCGGCCCAUGCUGGGCCCCCGAACCCCGCGGAGGAGGCGGGACCGUCCUCGGCGGGACAGGAUCUUGGCAACUUAACCCCUCAAGUUCUUGCUCCCUUGGGCUUGUGUCUUCUCUGCCACCGUGAGCUCCGUGAAGACAGUGCAUCUUCCUCCCUGUCUCUGCUCACCUUUCUCACCUCCGUGUCCCCAGUAUCUGUACAGUGCCUGGCGGGGAGCUGAUGCUCAACCGAUAUGUGCUGACAGGAUAAAUGAAUGAACCAACUCUAUGAGGCUCUCUGAGGACAGCUCAGCUGGCCCAGGCUCCCCUCCCUGGAGCUGCCCCCAGAACCAUGGAGAGUCUGAGUGAACUGCAGAACCCUCUGCUGCCUCGGAGCCCCACCCCUCUCCAUGGCCCCUACCCCUACCCUGAGGCUUCGCCCAGCUGGUCAUGCCAGGAGAAACUCUACUCCUACCUCCUGGGUGGUGCUGGCUCUGCUCGCACCCACCAGCUCCUGGACCCAGGAUCCCUGCAGCUGGCUGUGGAGGCCUGGUACAGGCCUACCUGCCUCCUGGGGAGGGACAAGGUCAAGGAACCCAAGGCAAACAGCUGUGAGACCAGCUUCACAGAGAACAGGGAGCCCCAGGCUGGGCCCACAGAGCGGUCCACAGAACCUGGCCAAGGAGAAGAGGAUGUCACCAUCCAGACUGUGUCCUACGGGGUUCAAGAGGAGCUGCAGGGCCAGGAGAAUGACCAUGAAGAAGAAGAGAGUGAUGUGACCUCGACAGACAGUGAAAGUGAAGACAACUUUGUGGCGCUGCCCCCCAGGGACCACCUGGGCCUUACUAUCUUCUCCAUGCUCUGCUGUUUCUGGCCCCUGGGCAUCGCUGCCUUCUACUUCUCCCAGGGGACCAGCAAGGCCAACUCCAAGGGAGACUUCCGCCUGGCCAGCACCACCUCCCGCAGGGCCCUCUUCCUGGCCACACUCUCCAUCGCCGUGGGCGCCGGUCUCUAUGUGGCUGUGGUGGUGGCUCUGGCAGCUUACAUGUCCCAGAAUGGCCAUGGCUAGUGGUGAGCAGAGCCUGGCACCCUGGCUCCCCUCUCCGCCAGAGGAGGCAGUGAGGCUUAGGGUUGCACACUCUCUGGAGAGCCCUGGUCCCUGAAGAUAACCCACAAUUCUGGCUUGUUGUGGCAACGCCUCCCAGACUGCAUCCUACAGGGCUCCACUAUCACUUAUUCUUGUCCACAGCCCCCAGCCCCAGAGCAGAGCCAGGGCUACCACCCUCUUGCCAAGGCUAUGUCAGAAAGCAAGAGAGAAUAGAGCUGCCCACCAAGCCAUCUAGGCAGGACCUACCUCUGGCUUGAGACUGGCUGGGAGCUCAGCCUAUUCUGCCCCUCGCAUCCCCCCCCCGCCCCCCACCUACACACCAAGGGUUGCCUGCCCUGCCAGCAGCCCACUUCCCAAUCUUCCAGCCUCUCCACAGAGAUGUUACUGGGAGAUAAAAGGACACCUGGGGGUAGGAGAUCUGACCCAGUUCUUUGGGCUAAUUGGAGUCUCCGCUUUAGGGACAACCUGAGCUUCUCCACUCUCUGGCCCCAUGAGGCCAAGACCCCCAGCCAGCCAGGAAGGAGAUACACAGGGACACAGGGGCCCCUUGCUCUUUCUGGCUCUCUGCUGCGGACUUGUAAGACACUGUAGAUUCUAGAUAGAAAAGAAGAGCUCCAGGCAUGUAAGCUCUGCACCCAAGACAGGUUCUUAGAGCCUCCUUGUGCAGGAAUAAAAGACAGAUGUGAUGACAGUGGUCCUCAAAUAUUGCCAAACAACUUAGGCCUCCCUGCUCCACCCCUGGUCCCCACCCCCAUCAUCCUUUUCUGGGCUCCUCCUGGGAAGCCCUGAGCUAAUACAAUCCCAGAGAGUGUCAUUAGCCCACCAGCCACUGAGCAUAGGGCCCUAGAUCCAGCCCUGUGGAAAAGCAGCAAGGAGAGACCCUGGAGAGUCAAGUGUAAAUGAGGGGAGGGACACAGGACUAGCAUGGCUGUUGAACACCACAGCCCAGCUGUGUUCAGAAGGGUUCCUGGAGAAUUUGUCCCUUGAGCAAGGUCUAGAGGGAUGUGGAGAAUUCAUCUAGAAGAUUUAUUUCCCCAUAACCCUUAGUAUUUCUGAAUAGGAACAUGGCAGGAGUAUCCCAAGUUAUUUGGAUUAUGCAUAGAGCAUCUGGGCUGGAGCCAAACUACAGCCAUUUCUGAGGUCUUCACCAACUCGGAGAAGAAAAUUAGGCAGCAGGUCUCUCAAAGACCAGUGAUGUUGUCCCACCUCUGAAUGCUGGGGGUCAGCUGUCUUCACUGACAUCCCUCACCAGAGGUGCUCCCAACACCUCCAGCCACUGGGAACAUCCAGAAUUUCAGAGGCAUCCAGGCAGCCAGGAGGGCGGUUCCUUGGGAGGGCAGGCCUGUCUGGCCUCAAGCAAAGGACCUAACUGUGCAGGAUCUGGGGACUUGGUCAUUCCCAGGCUGCACCCAGAGCCCAGGGCUGUGGAUCGACCACUGACCCAUCUUGUCCCACCAUCGUCCCCAACCUGGCAUUGUCCCCACCCUCCACUCCCUGCAUCCCCUGAAGUCCCACAGGCCCAGGAUCAGUGGUUUUAAUAUCCCACGAUUGUAUAUAUUUAUCCUUGCAAUAAACAUUUCUGUAACA